CUAACGCGGGGAGUCUCGGUCUUGGGGUUGGGGUUGGGGGUGGAGGGUCGCCUGCUGGCACCCCACGGUCGGGCUAGUGAGAUGGCGGCGCGCUGGAGCAGCGAGAACGUGGUGGUGGAGUUUCGAGAUUCUCAGGCGACUGCCAUGUCUGUGGACUGUCUUGGGCAGCAUGCAGUGCUUUCUGGCCGAAGAUUCCUGUACAUCGUCAAUCUAGAUGCCCCUUUUGAAGGUCACCGGAAGAUCUCCCGCCAGAGCAAAUGGGACAUUGGAGCUGUGCAGUGGAACCCUCAUGACAGCUUUGCACACUAUUUUGCAGCUUCGAGUAAUCAACGGGUCGACCUUUAUAAGUGGAAAGAUGGCAGCGGGGAAGUUGGCACAACUUUACAGGGGCACACUCGAGUUAUCAGCGACUUGGACUGGGCAGUGUUUGAGCCAGAUCUCCUGGUCACCAGCUCUGUGGACACCUACAUCUACAUCUGGGAUAUUAAAGACACAAGGAAACCUACUGUUGCACUGUCGGCUGUAGCUGGUGCCUCCCAGGUCAAAUGGAAUAAGAAGAACGCCAACUACCUUGCCACCAGUCACGAUGGUGACGUACGGAUAUGGGACAAGCGAAAACCCAGUACAGCCGUGGAGUAUCUAGCAGCCCACCUCUCCAAGAUCCACGGCCUGGACUGGCACCCAGACAGUGAGCACAUCUUUGCCACCUCCAGUCAAGAUAACUCUGUCAAGUUCUGGGAUUACCGCCAGCCUCGGAAAUACCUCAAUAUUCUCCCUUGCCAGGUGCCUGUCUGGAAAGCCAGAUACACGCCGUUCAGCAACGGGCUAGUGACCGUGAUGGUUCCCCAGCUGCGGAGGGAGAACAGCCUGCUCCUGUGGAACGCGUCUGACUUGAACGCUCCAGUUCACACCUUUGUGGGGCACGAUGAUGUGGUGCUGGAGUUCCAGUGGAGGAGGCAGAAGGAAGGAUCCAAGGACUAUCAACUGGUUACAUGGUCCCGUGAUCAGACCUUGAGAAUGUGGCGAGUGGACUAUCAAAUGCAGAGGCUCUGUGCCAAUGACAUACUGGAUGGUGUUGAUGAGUUCAUUGAGAGCAUCUCUCUCCUGCCGGAACCAGAGAAGACCCCACAUCCUCAAGACAUAGAUCACCAGCCCAGCUUAAGCCACGGAGAGGAAGAUGCCAUAAAGGAAGACCCUCCCAGCAGUUUGCUGGAAGAGAAGAGAUCAGACCAGCUAGGCCUCCCCCAGACUCUGCAACAGGAGUUCUCCUUGAUCAACGUGCAGAUCCGGAAUGUCAAUGUGGAGAUGGACGCUGCAGACCGGAGCUGCACAGUCUCUGUGCACUGCAGCAACCACCGUGUGAAGAUGCUGGUGACCUUCCCGGCGCAGUACCCUAACAACGCUGCUCCUUCCUUCCAGUUCAUUAAUCCUACCACUAUCACGUCUGCCGUGAAGGCCAAGCUGCUGAAGAUCCUAAAGGACACUUCACUGCAGAAAGUGAAACGCAACCAGAGCUGUUUGGAGCCUUGCCUGCGCCAGCUUGUCUCGUGCCUUGAGUCUUUUGUGAACCAAGAGGACAGUGCUUCUAGCAACCCAUUUGCACUCCCAAACUCUGUCACACCACCCUUGCCGACAUUUGCACGGGUGACCACUGCCUACGGCUCCUACCAGGAUGCCAACAUUCCCUUUCCUAGGACCUCUGGGGCCAGGUUCUGUGGAGCAGGUUACCUGGUGUACUUCACACGACCCAUGACAAUGCAUCGAGCAGUGUCUCCCACAGAGCCUACUCCAAGGUCUCUCUCAGCCCUGUCUGCUUAUCAUACCGGCUUGAUUGCACCAAUGAAGAUCCGCACCGAGGCCCCUGGGAACCUGCGUCUGUACAGUGGGAGCCCAACUCGCAGUGAGAAAGAGCAGGUCUCCAUCAGUUCCUUCUAUUACAAGGAACGGAUGUCUCCUCGCUCUGCCCGGCGACGUUGGUCCAUACAAGCAAUUAACGACUUCCCGAAAUCGAGGAGGUGGAAGAGUAAGCGGGAAGGCUCCGACUCCAGCAACCGACCCAUUAAGGCUGCCGGCAAGGUCAUCAUCCAGGAUGUCUCGUGCCUCCUUCCGGUUCAUAAGUCCCUGGGAGAGCUGUACAUAUUGAAUGUGAACGACACUCAGGAGACAUGUCAGAAGAAUGCUACCUCUGCCAUGCUUGUGGGAAGGAAGGAUCUUGUCCAGGUUUGGUCGCUGGCUACGGUAGCUACAGAUCUUUGCCUUGGGCCGAAGUCUGACCCUGAUUUGGAAACACCUUGGGCUCGACAUCCAUUUGGGCGACAACUGCUGGAGUCCCUACUGGCUCACUAUUGCCAACUCCGAGACGUUCAGACCUUGGCUAUGCUCUGUAGCGUGUUUGAAGCCCAGUCCCGGCCUCAGGGCUUACCGAACCCUUUUGGGCCUUUCCCUAAUCGUUCUUCUAAUCUUGUGGUGUCCCACAGCCGCUACCCCAGCUUCACCUCCUCGGGGUCCUGCUCCAGCAUGUCAGAUCCAGGGUUCAACACCGGUGGCUGGAACAUAGCAGGAAGAGAGACAGAGCACCUGUCUUCACCUUGGGGAGAGUCUUCACCAGAGGAGCUCCGCUUUGGGAGUCUGACCUACAGUGACCCCCGGGAGCGGGAACGAGACCAGCAUGAUAAAAACAAAAGGCUCCUGGACCCUGCCAAUACCCAGCAGUUUGAUGACUUUAAGAAGUGCUACGGAGAGAUCCUCUACCGCUGGGGUCUGAGAGAGAAGCGAGCAGAAGUGCUGAAGUUUGUGUCCUGCCCUCCUGACCCUCACAAAGGGAUCGAGUUUGGUGUGUACUGCAGUCACUGUCGGAGCGAGGUCCGUGGCACCCAGUGCGCCAUCUGCAAAGGCUUCACCUUCCAGUGUGCCAUCUGCCAUGUGGCCGUGCGGGGUUCAUCCAACUUCUGCCUGACCUGUGGGCAUGGUGGCCACACGAGCCACAUGAUGGAGUGGUUUCGGACCCAGGAGGUAUGUCCCACGGGGUGUGGCUGCCACUGCCUGCUGGAGAGCACCUUCUGAACUUAAAGGACAGUGGCACUUCCGGAAAUCCCAGAGGACUCCGCAAGUGCUGGAGAAGGCUCUCUGCUACUGCUGGUGGAAAGUCCUAGAACCAGGGCCAUCCUCGUGAUUUAGGAUGGAGACUCCCACAGACUGUCACAGCAUCCGCUUGUGAUCCUGUGUGUUCCCUUCUCUUUGGCUGCCAGGCAUGGAUGGUGCUGGAAGAAGGGAGGGGGACGCACAGAGCUGACCUUCCUGCACUGGCUGUUGAGUCCACAGUGGAUGUUUUCAUGAGGAAAAGCACCUGUUUCCAGAGCCACCAGAGCUAGCAUCAGCCUUCAAGAUGCUGUCCUUGAACCAGGAACGGGCUCUCCAGAUGCCAGUACAAAGGCACACACCAGCUGCAAAACAGUCUCCUGAGCCAGAAGACACUGGCUCUUAGUGCCAUCCACAAGUGAACUACGGUAUCUGUGACUUUAGAAGUUGGCACCUUGAUGAUGGCCUUAUAAAAUACAAUACUAAAGUGUAAUAUAUGAUGGACAUAUCUUCAGCAUUCUUUUUCUUGGUACAGGGCUGGAACUCAGUGCCUUGCACAUACUGGUGAGCAGCCAUACCUCUGAGUUAUAUUCCAGCCCCAUAAGAAACUUAAGAUGUAUAUGUUUUCUGUUUCUCUUCAUCUGCUUUCCUUUAACUAAUAGAAGUUUGUACUUGUGUGUGUGUGUGUGAGAGAGAGAGAGAGACAGAGACAGAGAGAGGAUGAAUAAGGAAAGUGACCGUCUUAGUGACUCAUUUUGCAUUGUACUUCUGGCUGAAGGGAACUGUUUUGGACGGGACUAGAAUUAGUCUCAUGACUUGUAAAGGAAAUGCCAUUUGACUUUGAUCAUCUGACAGAGGAAACGGAAUCUGACAUUAAGGUUCUCUCUAGCCACAAGAGUCUCAUAAUUAUUUCUUCUAGCACAGGGUGAGAUUGCAUUUCAGCACUGAUACCAGAGUCUCUCUCUGCCUCUGGGCAGGCUGGCUGGGUUCCAGGGGUGCUUUUUACUUGAACUCCCUUGCAAACUCAUCAUGAUUUUCAGGGGUUUCACUUGUCUAUACCAGGGAAGAGAGUUUAAAAAAAAAAAAAAAACAAAGCCCACUAUACUGAAAUCCUUCUCUCUUAGAAAUUGAAAUUCCUUGGGCCUGUCAUAAGGCUCAGUGGGCAGAGGUGCCAGCCACCUGGCUUACUAACCUCAGUUUUCUCCCUAGCGUGAGCCACGACAAAAGAACUGACUCGUAAGAGUAGUCCUCUGACCUCCACAUGUGUGCUUUGCACAUGUGUGCUUUGAUAUGUGAAUGUACACACACACAUACAAAAAAUGUAAUUUAACAAUUUUAUGAUUCCAAACUAAUUAACCCGAGAAACAUAAGUAAUUUGUGUCAUUGGAUUAUGGUUGCACGUGUUUGUAAUCCCUUCACUCUCGGGGCCGAGGUCAGAGGGUUUCAAGUUUGAGACCAUCCUGGGCUACACAGUGAGGUGAUGGCCAGCCUAACUUAUAUAUGAAGCCACUUACAAGCAAACGUCAUAAAAAGAUCUGGGGAGAUGGCUUAGUAAUCACAUGCUUGGCUGGCACACAGGAGGUGAUAACUUUGAUCCUCAGUAACACACACACUGACACUCAAACUAAAACAAAACAAAAUACCACAUGUUCCAUAAUAGGUAAGUGUUGUAUAUCACUUUGUUUAAAACUAUGAUUUAAGACUCAUGAAUGGAUUAGGAGAUCAGCCUUGUAGAUAAAAACCAACAUUUUAUAUUUUCAAGGAUUACUUUGUGUGUGUAAAUCUCUGUGUGUCUUCAAGUGUAUGUUGUGUGUGACAGAAGAGGCCAUCUGGUUCCUUGGUGCUAGGAUUAUCAGUCUUUUCAGGACACCUUGAUGGUUUCAUGUGUGUUCAGGGAUCCUAACUUGGAUCUUCAUGAUUGCAAAGUCAGUCAGAACUGUUUUGUCUCCAGCCCCCAAAUUGUCAUAUAAAGAAAGUAAAAUAAUGUGGGUGAGAAACAAUCGUGUACUAACACAGUCUGCUGUCCUUUGUUUACUAGUGUACACACACACACACACACACACACACACACACACAUACUCGUACUUAUAUCUUAUGGUGACAGGUGGGCCUCACCUCUCCCCUGUAUUAUUAAUUGGUCAUGAGACUACGUGGCAUAAGCUUGAUCUUGAACUAUGUGCAAGUUUGGGUACCAGUGCAUCAUCAGCACGUGUAGCCUGGUAUGCUGGGAUGGGGGAGGAAGGGCCGCAGGCAUCUGAGUGUAUUAUACUGUACUCCUCCAGCCUUGUUUGUGUCGACACUGCCGUGAUGCUGGUCCCACAACAGGCGGACUGAUGUGCACAGAUGCAGAUCUGUUGGGUCCUCUGUGAGUUCACACCAUUUACAGAGAAAGGUCUCUUCCUCUAUCCCACUGUGAAGCUAAUGGAAGCCCUGCCCCUGUUGAGAAUGAGAUAGUUUUCUUGUGUGGAUUAUUUCUGUAAGAGCGUUGUCUUCCAAAACAAACAAACAAACAAAAAAACCUUCUUAGUGACUAUGAAGUGAUUUCAAGUUUAACAUGUUUUAUAGGGGGCUGGAGAGAUGGUUCAGUGAUUAAGAGCACUGGCCGCUCUUCCAGAUGCAAGUCCCAGUAACCAUAAGCCAGUCCACAGACGUUUGUAACUCCCAUUCCAGGGAUCAGAUGCCUUUUUCUGGCCUCUGUCAGCACCAGGCGUGCACAUGCUAACUAGACAUGCUGGCAAAACACUAUGCAUAAAAUAAAAACAAGACAUUAUGUAA